AUGGAUAAAUUUAUUGAACAUUUGGAAGCUUUUGAAAAUGAUAAUUCAGAAGAAGAUUAUUAUGAAUAUUUAAAUCAACUUAAAGAUUCAGAUAAUAUUAAUGAUGAGGAACGUAUUCAAGUUAAUUGGAGACUUUUGCAUUUACUUGAUGUUCUUGCAAAUUCAUUGUCAUCCAAAGAUAAAUUAAGAAAAAAAUACAUUAUGGAUGGUGUUCAAAUGAUUGAUAAAGCAAUUGAAUUAGCACCUGAAGAUGUCAAUACAGUCAAAUGGUCUGCUGCUAUACUUGGACUUUCCAUUGAUUAUUGUGAUAUUAAAAAAAAAUGUCAAAAUGGAUAUAAAUUUAAACAAUUACUAGAUAAAGCCUUAUCCCUUGACUCAAAUGAUCAUAAUUUAAUGCACAUGCGUGGUAGAUAUCAUUAUGGAGUAGCUGAAUUAUCAUGGUUUGAAAAAAAAUCAGCACGUUUUAUUUUUGGUACACCUUUAGAGAGUACAUAUGAAGAUGCACUUGAAGAUUUUUUAAAAGCUCAUAACUCAGAAGAUGGACCUUAUUGGAUAGAAAAUAUGUCAUAUAUUGGAAAAUGUUUAUGGAAUUUAAACAGAAAAAAAGAAGCUAUAGAAUAUUUAAAGAAAAUUCAAAAUCUACCAAUUUAUGAUAGUUAUGAUCAAGAGAUUGUGGAUGAGGUAGAAAAUUAUAUUAUCAAAUAUGUAGAUGAAAAAGAGUAA